ACGCGUGCGGUCACGCCUACGCAUACCGGCCCAUUUGCUGCGCCAAAAAGACCCAUUACUCCUGGUCCUACUGCGCUCAACUCCCACAGUGGCGCGACUUUUGGAACGCACCUUACCAAUUCACCGCGCGGUCUCUCACCUCAACUGCUCACCGGAACACACCUUACCAAGUCACCACGCGGAAUUUCGCCUCAACCGCUCACUGGGGCAACUGCUCUGGCCGACGAGCGGCGCUACAGGGAGCACGCGUCGCUGCAGACGAGCCCCAACCCCGCCAUCGCGGCUCUCCACAGCCUGACCGGCAACCUCCAAUCUGCAAACAAGUCUUCGGCUGCACUACACGGAACAUCACAAAUGAGCACACAAGCAGAUAGGAUCACCAAGCCCCUCGUCAUUCCAGAACAGAGUGGGUUGACAGGCGAAAGCAUACAAACAAGCCCAGUCAGCCUGUCUAGCUUUGGUGAUGGCGAGUCAACCACCGCAACCGCCCUCGAUGCCGCUGUGGGUCCCAUGACAAUUGCUGGACAAGCAACCGCACCCCAGCCACAACAGCAGCAGCAGAAUCAUCAUCAGCAACAAGCGCAUCACCAUCAGCUUAUUGCUCCAAAUCCUGGCGAUAACCCUGGUAAUCGGGCCUUCACAUUUCCAGGGCCAAUGCCACCGGAGCCUGAUCCACGCGGCCCAACACGACAAAUGAGUUUACCAGGAUAUGGCCAGAACAAUCCAAAGUCGCCGUCGUCGACCAAGCGUCACAAAUGCCCAUAUUGCUCGACUGAUUUCACGCGUCACCACAACCUGAAGAGCCAUCUUCUUACUCACAGCCAAGAAAAGCCUUAUGAGUGCCCCACGUGCCAGGCGCGUUUCCGCCGUUUGCAUGAUCUGAAACGACAUACCAAACUACACACAGGCGAACGCCCUCAUACCUGCUUCAAGUGCGGUCGAAGAUUUGCUCGUGGAGAUGCACUUGCACGACACAACAAAGGUCAGGGUGGCUGUGCGGGGCGACGCUCGAGCUUUGGCAUCGAUGACGAUAUGCCAGAUGGUAAGGGUGAUGAUGCCAUGGACGGUGUGCUCUACACUGGCGAGCCGGAGGGAGAAGGAGACGAGGAUGACGAAGGCGGCCGGCCAGCGCGUAAGAGGCAGAACACGGGCAACUCUACGCAAAGCUCGUAUCAUCAGCACUCCAGUACCUACCCGCCCAUUGCAGCCAACCGAGCGUCAGUGGGCCAGAACAACAUCCGGCCUUACUAUCCAGCACAGGCCAACCAAGCAACCAAUAUGUCGCCCAAAGCAGCCCCUUCCAGCAUCUCUUCACUUCACAAUGCAACUCAGCCGAACGUGUUUGCGCAGGGUGGCAUCACUGAGAGCCCGAAGCCUCUUUCUCCUGGCCAGCAAGAACACCCUCGUGUCGGUGGGCAAGAGAGCAGUGUUCCUGGCUCGCGUUCACCGAACAUGUCACAGCACAUACACCAGCAACACUUUGGGCGUAGUGCAGUGCGAGGCACACCUCCUCUAGGUCUGGCACCACCAAAUACAAACAAUGGACCCCAUCUCCCAUCGCUUCCCGGGCUGAGCCCAAUGGUGUCGAAGCAGGGCUCUCAGGGGGGCGGUAAAGGAAGUGGUUCCAGCAUGCUCUCACAUCAACAAAUGCCGGCUCCUGGGUCAUCGUCGCAGCCGGGCAGCUUAUCAAGUCACGGCGGCAGCGGCAGUAGCAUGCGCGAAGUGAUGGGCAAUCAGGUGGACGUGUGGCAAUACGUGCGUGAGAUAGAAAGCCGUAUGGCGAGAAUGGAGAAGGAACACGACGCCAAGAUUACGACGCUCCAAAACGAAAUCACGACGUUGCGAGCCCAGCUUGCUCAGCAACAUGUCAACAACGCGCAAGGCCAGCAA